CGCAGGGAUGCUGGAAGAUCAUCCAGAACCUGGAGUCCGCGAUUGAACAAUUUCAGUUCAACCCCAGGUGACCCGCGGGACCCAGGGCCCCGCCUGCCGCGCCCGGCGUCCCUGCCUUGGCGACUCGAGGCGGCGCUGCACGGCCUCCUGGGCUUGGCUUUCUUUAUGUACCACCACUAAACGCACGGACUGGACUGCCUGGGUUCGAACCCUGCUCACCUUGUUCUCGCAGGGCCUGUGGGUUAGGCGAGUUACUUAGCUUCUCAAUGCCUGUGUUACCUCAGGAGCUGGAAAACAGCGAAUAUGAUGAUGAAUAGUGCCUACUCCAUAGGUCUUAGGGAAUAUUAAUGAGCUAAUCCUGGAAACCCUUAUAAAAGGGCCAUACACAAAAGGUUUGCAGGCUCCUAGUUCUUUUAUGGUACUAUAACAAAAUACCAUAGACUAGAUAAUUUGUGAACCACAGAAAUGUCUUCCUCUUCUGGAUCAAGGCAUUGGCAGAUUUGGUGUCUGCUUAUUACAUCCCUUCAGGAGGAUUAUAAGUUCCUCAAAGAAUUUCUUCAAUUGAAGUUUGAGGACCGGCUUCAAGAGGAGUCCUCCAGUAUCUUCAAUGACCUACAUGACAGGAUCCUAGAAGUGGAAAAACGUUAUCGUCAGAAUGAGGAUAUCAUGAGAAAAUGCUUUAACCAGCAGUUAGCUGAUGGCAUUGCUGUUAUCAAAGGAAUGUAUCAGCAAUAUUUUAACGUAGAAGAAGAGAAGGCUGCUUUGCAAGAUGCAACAAAUAUCAAACUGAAUAUUUUGACAAGAAAACUGAAAGAGAAAGAAGAAAUCAUUAGGGAAUUGAAAGAAGAACUAGAACUAUAUGAAGAAACUGGAUUGCUAAAACUUGUGAGUUUCAGGGACCUCUUUGCCAAAGAGACCAGCUCUCCAAGACCAACCUCUGAAAAGGAAUAUUUAGAGUGCAGACAGGAGAAUGAGAGACUGCUUCAAGUUAUUGCAGAACUGGAAGAAGAAAUUCGACUCAAUAUCAAAGAAAACUCAGUAUUAGAAGAUGAACUUGCAAGUCUCAAAGAGAUUUCAGAGCAGGAUCAGAGAACUAUUCAAAAGCUAAUGGAUAGCAGAGAAAGAUUAAGAUAUGAACUUGAAUGUGAAAAAUCAGUAGUUCAAGAUAUGGUUAAUAAACAGAAAGAAGACAUGGAGGUUAGAAGAAAGUACGACGGUAACCUGAAAUCAGGCAGGGGAAGAGAAGCCUCUUUGUCCCCGUGGCCCUCCCAUCCUGGGACUUUAUCCAGGAGUACCACGCCUUUGAGACCAUACUCUGGUGCUGUUCGUAGUGCAUCACCUGUUGGGACAAAAAAAGCAAAGGUUUCAAAGAAAAUUCCAAAGGAAGAGCCUUCUCAAGAGCACCCUGGGGAUAUCACUGAGAUCUCCUCUAAGAUGCCUGUGGAUUCGGUCGGUACCCAUCAUGAACCCUCCAAAAGAAAAAAAGGCGAAAUGGUUAAACAUACACCACCCGUAACGCCACAGGAAGGAAAGAAAGUGAGAGUAUCAUUGGCUAAGGACGAAGGGAGAAGAAUUAUGGAUACACACGUGGAAACGUUAAAGGUUAAUCUGGAGAAUGAGAAGAAGAAGUUAGAAAGAUGUAGAAAGGAAUCAGAGCGGAUGAACAAAAACUGGGAGAGGAAAUUCUAUAUUCUCAGGAACAGCUUUCAUGCCCUGAAGGAUGAGAUGUUUACUAGGCACACACUGUUUCGUCAGUUUGCAGUGCUCGCUGAUACAUCCUUCAAUUAUGUUAAAGUGAAGCCUUUAUUUGUGCAGUCUAAAAUGAACUUGGAAGAAACUGCAUCUUCUUCAAGUGAUUAUCAUUUGAAUUUGGUAGAAAAAAAGUACCAGGACACAGUUAGUGAUCAGAUGUCAUUGUAUCAAUCACCCAGAGUGGGCCGUAUUUCUUCCCAGAGGGUUAGUGACUGGUCACAAGCAGGGAAGUCAGGAUCUUCAAAAGAGCCUUGGGAGAAGAUAUGGGUACACCAUCCCAGCCCCACUGACUGAUGUGGACCCAACGGAGCAGCGCAGAGGAGUCACAGAAUAGAGGACCCCCCUCAUCCUGGAUGGCGAAUAAGGCCUGCUUCCCUACGAAGGAAUAUUGUCUCCAAGGCGUUUCUAAACCAUUCAAUUUUUCCAGAUUAGGAACACCAAUUCAGAACUCGGAGAGCGCGCCUUUUGGCGCGCACCUUUUCUAAGCCCUAAGGAAGCCUCUUGAGCGCUCCUGCAGGGUGAGCUGGGCGCGCGGACCCUGAGGGCUCACCGAAUCCAUUCUAGUCGCUGGAUCAGAGGCGCGCCUAGAGCCUAGGGGUGGGAAAGAGCGUACUUCAAUUAAAAUUAAGGCAUUAAACUUGUGUGACACUCUCUAAUUCAUCCAGUCUCUAACACAAAAGGAGACCGAUUUGCUACCUUCUGGCCAGUGAACUAAGUCCCGGGAAAGUGAACCACAGACAUUGAGGGGACUUUGUAUUUCCUUUGAGAAGGUUCCACUCUUCUCUUCAUUUGGUGGCACGGGGCUCCUAGAGGUAUCGUAAGGAUAGUAAACGAGUCUUUAAAAUGUGGGGGCACUUUUUGAAGUUUUGCUUCGCGGAGAGUAUGAAGACCAAGUGCUAAGUUUAAGGGUUCAGUCUGGAAUGUCAGCUGCCGUUUAUUGAAAUGCCCAGUUGCUUUUCUUCGUGCGUAAUGUUCAACUUGGUCCUUUCUCUUCCCCUAAAUAAAAGUUCGGGCCUGUCAUUCUGUCUCUAAAUCGUAGGUUCUCGAUUACAAAUUUCAAGGCUAUUUAUUAAGGCCCAAGAAAUAUAUUUGUGGUAGUUGUCACAUAAAGCUGACGUACUCUGGUCCAAAAGAAAGCCAGAGAGGCGAUUUAUUUGUGCGUAAAAGGAACAAGAUUUAAUUGGAGAGAGACGUGUUAUUUUGAAGGCAAGUACAUGGGGUGGCAUAGCGCCGUGAAGCAUUAUUCGAGCUUCAUCUACUAUGCACUAUAUGCCACCGUCUCCAAAGGAGUGUUGCCCUAGAAACUUGUUUUAAAUCUGCUGCUAUAUAUCAACACCUUGUUUUAGCAGUCCUUGGCUGAAUUACAGUUACACAGUUUGGCGCUUCUUUCAAAUUUCCUCCCAUCAGUUUGGCUAAAGAAAGGAAUUUUUCUCCUUUAGAAAUGAAUUGGCUUAAUUAGUAAGUAGAUUAAUGGCAAUUGCUGGUGAGUUGGUUUCCAGCAGAGUUUCA